AGUUAUCAUAUAUGGAGUACCUUUUCAACGUGGCAAAAUGGUGGAUGAAUUUGUAGUUGCUUCGGAGAAAUACGGAUCGGGAACUUUAGAGAGAAAAUAUAGGUUCUCCGCAGAAAAUGGAAAUUUAGAAAGAAUUGGACGGAGAAGAGAAAUCACUUCAUCCUUUAAACAGUUUUUCAAGUCUGCCUUCCUUCCACAAGGCUACCCAGAAAGUGUCAGCAAAGACUACUUGCAAUACCAAGUAUGGGAUACCAUGCAGGCAUUCUGUUCCUCUAUUACUGGUACUCUUGCAACCCAAGCCAUGCUAAAAGGUUAUGGAGUUGGAGAUGAAAAGGCUACAGCUCUUGCAGCAACUAUGACAUGGAUUUUAAGAAGUGGCACUGGUAUGGUUGGAAGUAUUCUUUUUGCCUGGAUACAAGGGAGUAAUUUGGAUUGUGAUGCAAAGAAAUGGAGGUUGUUUGCUGAUAUUCUGAAUGAUGCAUCAAUAUUGGUUGAGAUGUUGGCUCCAUUGUUCAAAACGUACUUUACUAUUCUGGCUUGUGUGUCCAGUAUAACAAAGUCCAUAGUGGGUGUGGCAGGAGGUGCCACUAGAGCUGCCAUGACACAGCACCAGGCCAGAAGGGACAAUAUGGCUGAUGUAGCAGCUAAAGAUGGAAGCCAGGAAACUCUAGUAAACUUGAUGGCACUCAUAACUGGUCUGAUAAUUACACCUCUGGUCUCUGGAAAUGCACUUCUAACAUGGACUUUGUUUUUCGUCUUCACUUUCCUUCAUCUUUAUGCAAAUUUUCGAGCUGUGUCAUCUGUUGUCAUGGAAACGGUCAACAUACCUCGCCUCCAUGUCCUUGUCGAUGAGUUUCUGUGUGAAGGUCGUAUCAUGACGCCAGAGGAAGUGGGCAGUAGAGAGCCUGUUGUAUUUGGCUUUAAUACAGGAGAGUGUCUCAGAAUCCAUUUAGGGGCAGAGUUUACUUCCGUAGUAAAAAGUGUGAGUGAUCUUGAUGCUGCACUACCAAGCUCAAAGGAGAGCCGAUAUAUUAUGAAACUAAACUUUCUCCAAGGGAGAAGUUCAGGUUCCAUUCAUAUAGUGUUACAUGAAGAUUCCAGUGCUGAAGAUCAUCUUCAGAGCUGUUUCCAGGCUUGUACUUUAGAUUAUGUGAUACGCACCAGACCGAAUUCAACAAAGGGUUUGAGUGACUUAGAUGGCGGUCAAAGAGCGCUGGAGGCUUUGCAUAAUUUUUGGUGGCAAGAGAGGAACCAGCCCAGUGACUGUUCGUGGGAUCUAGUAGCACUAGCCCAUAAUUUCACCCUCCAGGCUUUCCCAGCAUUCAUCAAGGGCCUUGAAGAGGCUGGGUGGGUCACCUCGCGCACACAUUUGGGCCCAGAUGAAUGGCGAACUGUUUGGAAUGUGAAGGGACUUGAGAUCAAGAAAAGUAUUUAAAACGUUAAGCAGGAUGUAGAGGGAAAUGUGUAAAAUUGUAUCUGUAAAUACUGAAAAGGAUGAAAAUAAAGUCUCGUUAUAGUUAGUGGAA